CGUUUGAACCCCCUUCUUCUCUCUUGGUAGUUUUCGCCCCUCGCGUUGCGUGUAUAGACUGUGAAAAAGAGGAGUGGGGAAGGGGAAAAAGAAGAAAGAAAGAGAGAGAGAGAGAGAGAGAGAGAGCGUUCACCGAGAAUGGCCGUCGCCUCCGGCGAACGCCCGGCGUACGGGCAGUAGCACGCUGGGACUGGUGGUUGGUUUAGGCCGGUGGUGUGUUGGUGCGGUUGGCUCUGGGUUGGUUACUUGUGCGAGCGAGAUUUUGUGGAUGUAGGCAGUCGCUGCGCCUCAUCCCUCAUGCGAUCGAUGCCGUUCCAGCUCAAGACCGGUCACCACCACCACGGCGCCGCCAUGGAAGGGAAGCCGCCGCCGCCGCCGACGACGCAGCAGCCUGCGCCGACGCCGAGGGUGUCGAGGCUCCGGAGGCUGCUCGGGCGGGUGUCUUCAUCGGAGAAGUUCGCCGCGGAUGGGAAGGACAGGGACAAGGACGAGAAGCUGCCGCCGCCGCCGCCGCCGUUGCCGCCCGCGACCGACGAUGCGGACGCCGCGGGGUCACUGGGGCUGGACCGCAUGGUGCUCAGUUUCAUGGAAGAGGCCUCCGCCGUCGAGCGGCCGCCGCGGGGGCGUUGCAACUGCUUCAACGGCAGUAACCACGAGGAAAGCGACGAGGAGUUUGAUUUCCUCCCCUCCGCGCACGCCUCGGCGACGGCCGCCGCUGGGGCAGGGGACGCCUUGGAGGCUCUGAAGGGCCUGGUGCAGAGCGCGAGCGUCGCGGAGCGGAAUCUCCUGGCGGACGCGUCUAGGCUCGCCGACAAGUGCGGCAAGGGCUGCAAGGGCAAGGCGGAGUGCCGGCGCGCGGUGGCCGACGGCCUCAGGUCGCUGGGCUACGACGCCUCCGUGUGCACGUCGCGGUGGGAGAAGGCCCCCUCCCACCCAGCAGGCGAGCACGAGUACAUCGACGCCGUGGUGGGGAAGGGGAAGGAGCAGGAGGAGGAGGAGGUGAGGCUGAUCGUGGAGGUGGACUUCCGGUCGCAGUUCGAGCUGGCGCGGUCGACCAAGGCGUACCGCGCGGCGCUCCAGGCGCUGCCGCCGCUGUUCGUGGGCACCCCGGACCGGCUCGGGCAGAUCGUGGCGGUGGUGGCGGAGGCGGCGCGGCAGAGCCUCAAGAAGAAGGGGCUCCACUUCCCGCCGUGGCGGAAGCCGGAGUACAUGCGCGCCAAGUGGCUGUCCCCGCACGUCCGCUGCGGCGGCGUCGGAGGCGACAUGGUCGCCGUGCCGGCCGCCGCCGCCGCCGCGGCGACGCCCGUCCAGGCGGCGAGUUUUUCCGGCGAGUUCGAGCUCGUGUUCGACAGGAAGCGUAGCAGCGCCGGCGCCGGCGCCGCCGCGGAGGGCGGCGCCGUCGGCGGCGAGAAGAUCACGGUGGUGGUGUCGCCGUGGCGCCCGACGGAGGAGGCGAGCAAGAAGCAGCUGCCGCCCAAGGCGAAGGUCGUCACGGGGCUCGCCGCCGUCCUCUGAGCGUGGCGUGGUGAUGGACAGAGAAUAACGCUCCUACUAGUACUACUGCUGCCUAGCUAGCUAGUACCCGCUCUUCUCGCAAUUCUCCCUUCGUUUUCGUUUCUUUUUUGUUUUCCGCCGCGCCUCUCGAUCCGUUUGGGGAUCUAGUUUUCGGUGUUUUGGUGUUUUCCGGGUUUUAUUUUCGGAAAAGGAGAAAAAACACUCGCCGCCGCCUUCUUCCUUAUGGUUUCCUUUUUGUUUUGUUUUGACGCUUGUAAGUUUUGGUCUUGGCUGGCAUCUCGAGGGGCUUUGUGAUCCCUCCGUCCUGCCCGGCGGCCGGGCAAUAUGUAGCAGCAGUCGUCGUUUCGAUACCUGCUUGUAGGCGCAAGCGUGAUCACGUCCUAUGUGCUGCUGCUUGUAAUUUGUGUAUUGAGGAGACGAACUGUGCGUGCCGCUUGUUAUAUUGUUGCCACGGAAAGAGAAGCAGAUAUAUGAGCACUGCCUUAUUGUC